CAACGUCGCAAACUCACGAGCGUGAUCCGCUGCGGCUCAUGAUGAAAGGCUCUGGAAGAUAGCAAGAACCAUGAACAAGCAUAAGGCACUCCUUUUCGGCGCCGCGGCCGCGAUACGCUUGUUGCUCUUCUCUUUCCCUUCUUUACCACCUGUCCUUACUGGCCGGGUUGAAAUAUCCACACCUGUUACGAGCUACAAGAGAUUGCAAGAAGGCUUGUUCCUCUACACUCACAAUGUGUCUCCCUACGAUGGGGGUGUGUUCCAUCAGGCUCCGCUGUUGCUGCCACUCUUCAAUCUCCUUCCCGAGGCGUUAACCGGAUUGCUCUACAUACUUCUCGAUCUCUUGAGUGCCAAUGCGCUCAUAACUAUUGCCGACAGUGGCAUUGCGCAGUCCACAAGGUUGUUUACAUCACCGAGAAAGAGCUUUGGCUAUUCAAGUCUCUCGAUCGCUGCUGCGUAUCUUUUCAAUCCUCUCACGGUCGCGACGUGCAUCGCACGUCCCACAAGCGUCAUCACAAAUGCAUUUAUUCUUCAAGCAAUCGCAAGCGCCGCUACAGGCAGAUCGCUCACUUUUAUACUCUCCCUGAGCUUGUCUAGCUAUCUAUCGCUCUAUCCCAUCCUCCUGUUCCCACCUCUCGCCCUCAUUCUCUACGAUCGACACCCCAAACCGGCAUCACCGCUGCUGUUCACGAUAAGCCACUUAGCUGGUCUUAGUGCAUCGAUCUUGGGGCUACUCUAUAUUUCAUACUUCUUAAUGGGAUCGUGGCAAUUCAUAUCAAGCACGUACGGCACGCCUCUGCUGCUACCUGAUCUUACACCAAAUGUAGGCCUGUGGUGGUAUUUCUUCAUCGAGAUGUUCGACUCAUUCAGAGAAUUCUUUCUGGGUGUUUUUUGGCUACAUAUGGCAUCAUAUGUUGGUGGAUUGUGUAUCAAGCUUCACAAACAACCACUCUUCGCAGCUGUAGCUAUGUUAGGCGUCAUCGCUAUCUUUCAGCCGUACCCGAGCAUCGCCGAUUCAGCGCUGUUUUUAGGCACGGUGCCUCUUUAUCGACAUGUGUUCCCUCUCAUGCGUUAUUCAUUUUUAGCUACAGCAACACUCUUGUAUGCCACGCUGCUAGGACCUGCGUUCUAUCACUUGUGGAUCUACGCUGGGUCGGGUAAUGCAAACUUCUUCUAUGCAAUCACAUUGGUAUGGAGUCUAGCCUUGAUCAUUCUUACGGGCGAUCUACUGCAUGCAGUCAUCAGAGAUGAGGUCGAACUGGAAAGGCCUGAACUCAAAGGAAAGGAUGUACGACAACUCUAGAUAUAAACAUGUUACAAUGUAUCACAUCAGAUUAUUUGCUCGCCUGUUCAUAUACCUAUAGGGGAUACUCUGAAAACCCAGAUACUCUCACAACCUUAUCAAGAUUCAACACAUGGCGCGUUCAGGUCAAAGGCUUCUCUAAUACACGAUACUCGAUUGGUCCUCGCAAUAGCUUCGCCAAGUGAGGGUAAUCAUCCUGAAAGUCACCCAGUUUGAUCAAGGUAUAGCCCAUUCUAGUAUACCACUCGAACAAACGCUUUUUGA